GCUGCAUAGCCGGCACAAAUUAAACAAUUUCUAAUCUAAAUACACAAAAAUGGCAGAAAAGCUUGAAGAUCUCAAUCUUCCAAUGACUGUUGUCACCAGAAUAGUAAAAGAAGCCUUACCCGAAGGAGUUUCAAUAUCAAAAGAAGCGCGAACAGGUCUUGCAAAGGCUGCCUCAGUUUUCGUUUUAUACGUUACCUCUGCUGCAACAAAUAUAGUGAAAAAUAAGAAAAGAAAAGCUCUCACUGGCCAGGAUGUGUUAGAUGCUAUGAGGGACAUUGAGUUUGAUCGUUUUGUGGAGCCAUUAGGUGAAGCUUUUGAACAGUAUAAACAGGUGGCAUCGGUAAGGAAAUCUGGUGCAAACAAGAAAAAGGAAGAAGGUGACGAAGUGGAGAUUGUAGAGGACGAUUGAACAUAAAAUCGUGAUGUUAUUAUUAAAUUUUAGCUCCCAAGUGCUUAUUGUUUAGUAAAUUAAUUUAUAUUUGAAGCAUUUUUUUUUCUAAAGUUAUCUAAAUCAGUGAUACUCUGCCCUAAAAACAGGGAAGUUACUAAAAGGCCAGGCAAGCUUCAUGGGAUAUUCGUAUUUCUGUAGUAAUUUUCAAAUCACAAC